AUGAAUAUUCCUUUUUUCAAUAUCACUUCAUUAUCGUUAUUAUUAUUAUUAUUAUCAUCAUCAUUAUUAGUACUACACUUAGGAAGAAAUAACAUUAAUAAUCAAAUGCCUCAUCUAUUAUCUUCACCAUCAAAUCUGAAAGUAGCAAUCUUAGGUGCUGCUGGCGGUAUAGGUCAAUCAUUAUCUUUAUUAUUAAAGACUCAACUGCAUUAUUUAAUUCAAGCCAAUUCUCCAACGAAUAUCCACCUAUCUCUAUACGAUAUUAAUAAAGAGGUCAUCGAUGGUCUGUAUGCUGAUCUUUCUCACAUUGAUACCCCAAUCUCUCUAUCUGCUCAUGCUGCAAAUGACGGUAAAGGCGGUAUUCAUGCAGCUUUAGUAGACUCGGAUAUUAUUGUCAUUCCAGCAGGUAUGCCAAGAAAACCAGGUAUGACAAGAGAUGAUCUUUUCAAUAUCAACGCAAAAAUUAUUUCUCAAUUAACUGAUUCUAUUGCAGAAUCUUGUGAUUUAUCCAAAGUUUUCAUUUUAUUGAUUUCAAACCCUGUUAAUUCUCUAGUUCCAGUUGUCUGUAAUAGAUUAAUUAGUCAUCACAAAAUUGACAAGGGAAUCGAAAAAAGAUUACUCGGUAUUACUAAUCUCGACCUCGUAAGAGCUUCCACCUUCUUAAAUGAACUAUCCCCCUCAAAUAAUGGUAGAAUGCCAUACGUGCCUGUAAUAGGUGGUCAUUCAGGUGAUACCAUAGUUCCAGUUUUCUCAUCACAAUCUCAACUAAUCUCUACGAUGGAUGAACCUCAAUUGAAACAUCUAAUUUCAAGAGUGCAAUACGGUGGUGAUGAAAUUGUGAAAGCCAAGAAUGGUAAAGGUUCUGCCACUUUAUCAAUGGCUCAUGCUGCUUGUAAGAUUGUUACAAAUUUUACUAAUUUAUUAUUGGGCAACGUCAACAGUUUCGAAUCAAUCAAUUAUAUUCCAUUAUUGGAUCAUCAAAAUCAACCAAUUUGUAAAGGAUCUAAUGAGUUAAUGUCGAUGAUUGAUAAUUUACAGUUUUUUGCCAUUCCUGCAACAGUAACGUCAUCAGGAGUAAAUGAAAUCAAUUAUGACAUCUUAAACCAUUUGAAUUCGUACGAAAAAAACGAACUAAUACCAAUCUGUUUAAUGAAAUUAAAGAAAAACAUUAACAGCGGUCUAGAGUUCAACGUCGAAGAGGUUUAA